AUGGCGUUCUCCAAAUCAUUCGCCAUACCCAGGGCGAAGGAUGAGUCGGGAAAGGCAUGGCCGGCCAUUCUAAUUGGCCUCUUCGUUGCAUUUGGUGGUGUGCUCUUCGGCUAUGAUACUGGAACUAUUAGUGGGAUUCUUGCUAUGCCCUACUGGCAGAAACUCUUCAGCACCGGCUAUGUCGACCCCGACGGCAAUCCCAAUGUGACUGGGGCCCAAGAAUCCGCUAUUGUGUCCAUUCUCUCGGCUGGCACAUUUUUCGGAUCACUAGCUUCUCCCUUUCUGGCAGACUUUGUCGGACGGCGGUCAGGUUUGAUGAUUUCGACCUGGGUAUUCAAUCUUGGCGUGGUAUUGCAUACUGUCGCCACAGCGAUUCCAAUGUUUCUGGCUGGCCGCUUCUUUGCUGGCUUCGGCGUGGGCUUGAUAUCGGCUCUUGUUCCGUUGUAUCAAUCAGAGACGGCUCCCAAAUGGAUCCGCGGUUUCAUCGUGGGUGCCUACCAAUGGGCCAUUACUAUCGGCCUACUUGUCGCAGCAAUUGUCAAUAAUGCCACCAAGCACAGAGAUGAUUCAAGUUCAUACCGUAUUCCAAUCGGUAUCCAAUUAGCAUGGUCCCUGAUCCUGUUUGGGGGGAUGGUAUUUCUUCCUGAGACACCUCGCUAUUUGAUCAAACGGGGCAGGCUUGAAAAGGCCACCAGGGCGUUGAGCCGGCUCAGGCGACUGCCUGCUGAUCAUGAGGCUCUAAGAUCAGAGCUAGCAGAAGUCCAGGCAAACCACGACUUUGAGACGAGCUUGGGAACUGGGACGUAUCUCGACUGCUUCAAACCGCCCAUUCUGAAGAGACAACUCACUGGCAUGGGAUUGCAGGCCCUCCAACAGCUCACAGGCAUCAAUUUUAUCUUCUACUAUGGAACCAAGUACUUCGAAAACUCUGGCGUUUCAAGCGGCUUUAUUGUGACUAUGAUUACCUCUUCUAUCAACGUGGCAUCUACGUUACCUGGUAUGUAUGCCUAUGAUAAAUUUGGAAGACGACCACUCUUACUCUGGGGUGCUAUCGGGAUGUGUGUGUCUCAGCUCAUCGUCGCCGUUUUGGGCACCGUCUCUACCGGCCAAACUGACACUGGAGAAAUAAUUGUGAAGAACCUUCCUGGACAGAAGGCUGCCGUGGCCUUUGUUUGCAUAUACAUCUUCUUUUUUGCAUCGACUUGGGGCCCUUUGGCGUGGGUGGUCACCGGUGAGAUCUUUCCGUUGAAGACAAGAGCCAAGUCUCUUAGUAUCACCACGGCGACGAAUUGGCUUCUUAACUGGGCGAUUGCUUAUUCGACGCCUUAUCUUGUUAAUUACGGAGAUGGAUACGCAAACCUGCAAUCUAAGAUCUUUUUUGUCUGGUUUGGGUGCUGUUUCCUAUGCAUCGCCUUUGUAUGGUUCAUGAUCUACGAGACUAAGGGCCUCAGUCUUGAGCAGGUGGACCAGCUCUACGAGGAGGUCAGCAACCCAAGGGAAUCCUCAAAGUGGAAGCCAACAACAUCCUGGGAAGCUAGAGAGGCUAGAGAAGGCCACGCGAAGGUUGUUACGCAAGAAGUACAGGUCAAUGCAGUGGAGGGCGAGAAAUGA